UUAAUGUGUUUUAUUACUUUAUUAUGUAAAGUUAAAAUAAGUUUAUAUUAAAAAUAAUGUAAUGCAUGAUGGAAUUUGGAAUAUACACUGUUUUACAUAGAUAACAUAUUUUCUAUCUUGCGACUUCUAAUUAUUAAAAAAUAUCUGUCUUUAAAAUACAAACAGUUGUACCAUAAUUAGUUCAAAUGCAGUAUAUUCAUACUUUGUCAAAAAUCCUGUAUUGUUAUUUAUGAAAUGAUAUUUAAAGACUUAUUCAUUAAGGAAAUUUUUUAAUUCACGUAUCUCAAUCAAUUUAAUACAAUAUGAUAAGUGUUACUGUCACCAACUUAACUAGUGAUAUUGGACCUUCAACAUUAACACCAGUGAAGUCUUUAAAUUCAUCUCCAUUUAAUUUGUUGACUGUGAUAAUAAUUGUAGUUUUAUUCUGCUUAGUAUUUCUUAUUGUUAUAAUUGCUAUACAAAGAAAGAGAAGACUUGAUAGACUAAGACACUCAUUAAUUCCAUUUUAUUCAUUUGAUGCUAAUGAAGAAGAAGAUUGGGAUUCAGAUUUAUUAAAUAACGAAAAUAGUAGUCCAAUGAUUCGACAUAGUCAAACAUUUAGGCACCAGGGAAAUUUUCACAGCUGGCAUGAGAGAUUUAAUCCUAUCCAAAGAGCUAUGGAUCAGUAGAAUUAAACGUGAUGUUUUCAGAACCUGAAAAGAGGAGAUCAAAGUUAUUAUAGUUUUUUUUUUGUAUCUAUAAAAAGAAAAAGUAUUAGCAUUAAAAAAAGCCCGUUUUUCAGUUUCUAUCACAAAAUAAAAGUUAAGAACUAUGGUUAGUUAUUACUUAUGAGCUAUUUAAACUUUUUUUUUUUUUUAGUGAUUCAAAUAUAGUUUUUAAUUUAUUUUUAUAUUGCAAACUGUUAAUUACAAAUAUCACAUUUAGUAUAAUUUUAAAUUUCAUACUUCUCCAUUAAAUAAAUGUUUAACAAAAUUAAAUUAUGCUAUUUAUAAUAUGUAUAAUUUUUAAUAUUACCCGGUUAAUUAAAUUUAUAUUAAAAUUGCUAUAUAUGCUAUAUGCUUUUUAAUUUUAAAUUAUAAAUUUAAAAUUAAUUAAUGUGUACAUGAUAAUCAUUAAAAUAAAAUUUUCCCUAAAGUAAAAUUUAUGUAAUACUGUUAUUUUGUAUAAUUGUUUUGUUUGUGAAUGUGAACUAUAUUUACUUUGCUUUUAUAUUGAUCACAUUGAGUAUUGUUGUUACAUUUUAACAAAUAUAUAAGUUUGUAUUUAUAUAUUUAACAAAUUUUUUUUAUUUUUCUGUUUUAACUAGUCAGUUAAUAUUAAAAAGUAAUUAUUUAAUAUGAUCUUGCAAUUUCUUGCAUAGUUUUUUUUUUUUUACAAAAUUGUGAUUUACCAUUUAAGCAACUAAAUUGUUAUUCAUAAAUUGAUAUAUAUAGACUGAAUUAUUUUAAUUGAUAAAAUGUUAUAGUGAAUGGAGUUAAAUCUUUGGCUGUACCACAUUCAUUUAGUUUUUGCUAAGUUUUAUUUAAAUUAAGUUGUUAUUGUUUGCUUCUUGUUUAUAAGUACAUUUAUUUUUUGCAUUCUAAAUUAAAUUAAUUAUAAUAAUGAAAAAAAACCUUUUCUUAUAGAAAUGUAUAAUAUUUAUUUUUAUAAUAUGGUAAAAUAAGUAUGAACGAUAAAUUAAUAUAUUAUUUUAAGAUGUUAUUAAGUAAAAAAAUAUUAUCAUCCAACAAUUGUUUCCUUCAAACUCAGUAUUUUUUUUAUUAUUUUCAUACGAUGGAGAUCACUGCAAUGAUCUAAGCCUAUUGGUUAAAAACUAAUGAAAAUUGAUUAUUAUUUUUUUAUUGUCCUAUUAAAAAUUUUUAUCUGGAAAGUACACAUCAAGUCAUGUUAACCACCUGAUUUCUAUUUUAACCUCCAAUAAGAUAUUUUUCCGAACAUUGUUUUCAUGAAAAAAUGUAAUUAAUAAUUUUAUAAUAAAUUACACGAAAAUAAAAAAUAAAUAAACGUA